GUGCUUCCCCCUGCCUCCCCUUUCGAGCCGAGUUCCGUCGCGAUCGAAGCGCACCCACAUUGAGCGUAGUGGUUGCCGCAUUCGGGCGCAGUUCUCUCAAAAUAGAAAAAUAUCGUAAUGGAGUUAAAAGGCAAGGUUGCUUUGAUAACCGGCGCCGCGGCCGGCAUCGGUCUCGCUUACAGUGAGGAGUUGUUGAAGCAAGGAGCUAAGGUAUCAUUAUGCGAUAUUGAUUCUGAAAUCGGAGAGCAGGUAGCAGACGAGCUCGGCGUGAAGUACGGUCGGAAAAAUGUAUUAUUCUGCCUGUGUGACGUCACCGACUACCCGCAGUAUGAAGAGGCGUUUGAAAUGACGAUAAAAGUGUUCAAUCGACUCGACAUAGUCAUCAACAACGCUGGUGUCAUGAAUGAUAGAUUUUGGGAACUCGAAGUCGAUGUCAAUUUGAAUGGAGUAAUUCGCGGUACACUGCUGGCUUAUCGGUUCAUGGGGAAGGACCGCGGCGGACAAGGCGGCACCAUCGUCAACACGGCGUCCACCGCCUUCGCCAGGCCGCAGGUGUCGACGCCGAUCUACACCGCCACCAAUUAUGCUGUCGUCGGUCUCACGAGGUCGUACGGGGACCAAUACCACGUAAACCUGACCGGCGUAAGGAGUAUAGCGCUUUGCCCCGGUCUCACGGACACUGGGCUCGUGAAGGAGAUCCGCAAGCAGCUCAUGUCGUCCGACUACGAAGCUGCCUGGCAGAGGGACAACGCUAACUGUAAAGCGCAGAGCGCCGAACACGUGGCUAGGACUCUCAUCGACGUUCUGAUGAAGGCUCAAAGCGGAUCAGUCUGGAUAGUGGAGAACGGACAGCCGCCGAGGGAGUGGCGCGGCUAAACCUGCACUAUCCAAGCAGACUUGAGGGUUCAUUCACACAUAUCAAUCACAUCAAAAUUAUUGUCCUUUACAAGUUUAUGGUUUACACACAAUAACAUAGUCAAUAAAGUAAGUUACAGUUGCCUAAGAAAGUAAUAUUGCCGUGAAGGCUGCCUAAAGAAAUAAUAUUGACUGUGUACAACUCAGUGAGUUGUACUCUUACCCUUGAGUAAAACCUUGCCAUACUAUAUAGUCAAUAUCGACACUAAAUGGCCAAUAGACGCGCGGAAAAUCAAAUCCCAUAAAUCUCUUUAGAUAUUAUUUUUUUUCCUCCGGGGAGCCCAGAGUUAGAUUGUGGAAUAAAUUUUACUAAUUUUUGCUUUUACACUUGUGAGGCCGUACAGACUACUUUAGUACUUUAGUCGAGUAUGAACAACUUUUGUAUUUACUGCCUAAAAAUCGUUCGUACUCGACUAAAAUACUAAAGUAGUCCGAACUAGGCCUAAGGGCCCCGUAUUAUUACUACGGCUGGGACGGCGAUAGCUACGCCCCUGUCUAAAAUUUAAAGACUAAUUGACGUGCUUGAUAUGAGUAAAUAAACCCUUAUAAUAUUGCUGUCUUUUUGCAUUAUUAUUUCCUACUUAAUGUCUUAGCUUGGUAGGCAUGUUAUAUUGAAUCGUUAAGUUAAAAUGGUGUAAUUUGUUUUGUUAAAAGCUUUCAUGUAUUGAGGCGAGCCAAGUUAUGUUUAUUUUUAAUAUAGUACGUAGGCAAUAUUAUUUAUUAGAUUGAUUGUAUUAGGCACUAAGAAAAAGAGUUUUGCCUCCCUCUUUAUUUUUUUUUAUAUAUAUAGAUACUUCUCAGAUAAAUGAAUAAAAACUGAAGAAGACAAUAUGUAUAAUCACAAUCUAAAACCUAAGUAAAUAAUAGUUUUUGACUUUUAUUUUUGGGUAAAAUGAAACUGUUAUAUGUAUAUUGUUAGAAAAAUCUUUCGAUAAAUGCUCAUAAAAAGCCCCUUAUAUGGCAAAAUAAUCUACUAAUUAAGGCUCAAAACAUUUACGAUUAUAAGCACAUGCUGAAUUAAUAUUUGAAUAAGCAUACUUACUUAUAACGGCUUACCUGUGUACAGAGGCAUAGCUUAAUUUUUGCAUAUAAAAUGGCGAUUAUGAUUUCUACGAAAAGCAAAGAAAGCUACUUUCCUCAGCAGCCCCUGAUCCUGAGUCACACAAAGAAAAUCGAAGUAUAUUCAAAUGAGUUAUGCCUCUUUACCUACUGUCUUUAGGGUGCAUUCCAAUUAGCCAUCAUGACACACGUGACAUUGACAAAUUCAAAUCAUGGGUUUUUAGUAAUCUAAUAGUCUCAGUUCCCUGUUAGAAACGAACUUCACCCAUUGAUUGAUUGAUUGAUUGAUUGACAAAAUUGACAUUACCGAAUCUGGAGGCUAAUUUGAAGAUACCCCUUAUAUUCUUUCAUAAGAUAUUUUUAAAUAAAUAAUUAUAUAAUAAGAUGUGGUUGUGUAAAUAUUUUCUUCUCGUAGCGAUAGUAAUUUAAGAGCGGUAUUUAUAUUUUAUACAAUGUUUUAUAAAGUGUAAUAUAAAUUAAAAUCGUAAGCGCUUCUAUCGGUCGACACCUUAAGAGUUGAUCUGCAGGGUUACUAUGUAUCACAGUGUACCACUCAUAUAAUGAGUCACUACAUCGUUUUUCAUCGUAUUUUCAGAAUCAUGGUCACAUACACACACAACAUAAUUAUUUCAUCGAAAUGAUCUUGACUACGGCAUUUUACAUCAAAUGGCAAUGUUUUUUUGUUUUACGAUCAUCUAAAUGUUCAUAUACACGGCGACCGCCGCCGAGAGUCGACUGCAGUCGACGACGCCGUUACCUACCACAGAGACGUCGCCGAUUGCAGUCGACUGCCGUUGGCUGCCGCAGAGACGUCACUGAUUGCAGUCGACUGCGGUCGUCGGUAGAGUUCCCCUCGUGUAAAUGAACCUUAACAUAAUUAUUUCAACGAAAUAACGCAAAAAAACGGUUUUUCGUUGAAAUACUUACUAACUUCCUACUACCAAUUCUAUAUUACUGCCACUUUAUGUAAAAUGAAGAUACUUUGUCAUUUCAUUGAAAGUACAAUGUUAGAUGAUAAUAAACGAAAAUAUGUUGAAAAACGAUGUAGCGACUCAUUAUUUGAAUGGUACACCGAAUUACAUAAUAACCCUGCUGUACUGUAUGAUGUAUCCCUUUCGAGUGAUGUAUGUGACGUAACGGUAAAUGACUUGUAUGAAUGUUGUAGAAAUGUUAGAAUUUGACAAAUCCAUACAAAGUCAAUAUCUAGAUCGUUUCUUCAAUACAUAACACCGAUACACUUUGUUGUAUGGAGUUGUCAAAUCAUAACUUUGCGUUAACUCGAGUAUGUAAUGCGUAAUUACUUGAUAUUACGUAAUAUGAUAAAAUAAAAAGUUUUGUGCUUUUAAUGUAAGUUACGAAUGUCAGACAUUAUGUAUGAAUUUGUUGUACUCAUAAUUAUUAUUAGUUAGUAAUUUCAAGGUCUCUAUUGAUGAAGUAUCAAUUUUCGUAGAGAUCUACACUUUUUAUACCUUCUCCUAUAUACCUUUAUGACUACCUGAAUACCUUGCAUGUAGUGUUCAAUUUUUAUAACACAACAUUUUUAUAAUAUACUCAUAAAAUGCAUUGAUUUUAUUUGCUUUUUUCGAAGGUGAUUUUUAUAUUUAACUCAAUUUACUGUCUCAACCCCUAUAGUGAUCUUCAAAUCAACCCUUAUCUAGAUAGGAAAUGCCCCAAAGAGUAGCAUAUAGACAGAGGUCAGUUUUUUAGGUUUCCGAACGUACGUACGUACAAAAACGGAACCAUUAUUUUACAAUGCAAUGCGUUCUGUACUAUUUUUUGUAAGAACUUUCAUGUACUCAUAUAUUAUAGUUAAAAUCUCCACUAGAAUUUGCGAUUAUGAUGAGAAAAAACUGAAUCCAAUUACGUAAAUAUACGCGCAAAUACGCAACUUUAUUGCUACAUAAUUUUCAAUGGUAUUUGGAAACCAAUUUUUAUCGUGGUCUUGAAAAAAUAUGGCAAAACUUAUAAGUCAGAUUCUAGUAUAUACAACUGUAUUGUAUUAUGUAUCAGAAAAACACAUAAUUACUAGAAAAAUCCAUAGCAUUUUCACCAGUGGAGAGAUUUUGUAUGUUUUAUAAACAUUUUGUACUUAUGUUGAUUCCUAUUAUCGCCAUGUACGUUUUGUACCAGCUUUAAGUUUUUCAUUUGCAAUAAAAACUACUAUAAAAGUAAAAUAAAAAGAUGUUUUAAUCAAAUAGUUGUCUGGAAGAUUUGUAGUAAAUGUAUAUUAUAGUUCUUUAAUACAAUUGCCAGGUACUGUUUUUGAGUGAUUUUACAAAUAUAUCUUAUUUGUCACAAAAUUUAUUAUAUCCACACAUUAUAUCAAAGGGACGUU